AAAGCGGACAAGGCGACUGGCAGCGAUCCCACCGCCAACGCACCACUGGCAUCCCGCCCCAACCGCGAAUCAUCGUCGGGCGCCUCCACAAUAAAGCUCGACUCUAGCACCCAGCACCCAGCACCAAGCUCUGUCUCGCGCACCUCCUCCCCCUUGAGCUCGCGAGAGACCUCACCAGACAGGCCGUUGGGGCGCUCUGGAUCCACCAAGCCCGCAUCUACCCCGGCCAACUCUGCCAGAUCUCGAAAGGGCAGCCCACAGGACACGAGUCCCUCGCGAUCCUCGAAACCUUCAGCGCCCGCUCCCUCCUCUCCCUCCUACUCCUCCGGCAGGAUAUCUACCGCCACCACCCCGAAGCUGGGGCCCAUCGCAACCGAUUCGAGCACACGCGUCUCGGGACCCCAGAAAUCUCCCAUACACGCUGAGCACCUGAGAGAGUCGCCCCGUUGGCCCGUCUCUCCACGACUACGCUCUCCCCCUCCAGUACCAGGCCAAACAAGCCUACCGCCACCGCCGCGCAGGUCUGAACAGGAGCCCCCCUCCAUCCAGGUCCAGCGCUCGUCCCCCCAGCUGCCCCAGCAACAACAGCUCGAGCCUGCCCAGAGCGACUCCGACGGUGACGAGGCACACCUACACCCUGGAAUGAGAACACCUGCCCGUGGCACCAACACAAAUAAUAACAGUACGGCUACCUUGGAAACAGUGCAGGAGGCUAGUCCUCUGGCAUCUCCACAGCACACAGAGAGCAUGCUGGAGAAGAUGGACGACAGUGCCGCCUCCGAGACGGGGUCCCAGAUCGACCUCUUCGAUUUCCCAACCCCCAAGGCAUGGAAGCGCGCAGGAGGAGGCAACAAUGACAGCGGCAGUGACAGCGGGAGCGUCAAGGGAGGAGGAGACAGGAGGCCAGCGCCUACCAGCGUGCCUCCCACCCUGGCCUCGCGGCAGUCAAGCGUGUCGGUGAAGACGAUCGCCGGCAAGGCCAAGCCAUCAGAAGGGUCCACCCAGCACAUGACGGUGGAGACGGAAACAGUCGCAUCCAUCCCCCAGGUCUCACUCGCCCCGACGAGCAUGAAAGAAGGCCCAAACGGCACCCUUAGGAAUAAGCCAAGCUCGGAAACCAUACGGCCCAAGAAGGAAAAGAAGAAGACGAACAGGAAACCCACUGUCGGAUCUGGCACCGCUUCAUCCAAGGCAGACAUCUUCGAGGCAAAGAUUGCCAGCGCUGUCCAUGAAGUAGACAGCUCAGACUCCGAGGAGACGUUUGUCUACGACUCGAAUCCCCCAGAUGUCAGCGAUCGCCCGAGGAGGUAUCACUCCAGAACCCCAAGCGCGACCUCCAUGAUCAGUCAAGUCGACAGGGGCGGGCUACGCUCACUCAGCAACAUCAUGGACAAUGGCGGCCCGAGUGCGCUGAAGAAGAACAUGAAGUUCGUCAACACCUUCAACAGCAGCGGAAACGAGGGCGCGAUGGCAGACGAAGAGGGCAAGGGUAGCGUUCGGACAAAUCCAGGCUCCGGCCGGGGGACAAGUCGUGUGCACCACCAUCAUUAUAGUCGAUACGGUCGCGGCGGCUCGAACGGGCACACGUCACUCUUCGACAACGACGCUCCAUUCCACGUCAGCAACACGUCAGCACCACGCUCCAAGUUCUCGACCAACACCCUGCGGCAGUCAAGCGGGCCGCCGAGCCCGAGGUUUCUCAGCGCUGGGAAGCUGGCUGCGACGUCGAAGCGAGGGCAGCACUCGGCCAAUUAUGACCUGGACGAUACGACCGGAGCGGACGAUGAGGGAACGCCUCUGCUCCACAGCGGUACUGUGCGGACUGCGAGAAACAGGAACCGCCGGGCUCCGGUAUCGAUCCGCGCGCUCGAGGACCAGAGCUACCGGCGCAACCCUUCGAUGCUGAAUCGGUUCGCCAGCUGUCUGGUCCUUACUGUCAUGCUGCUGCUCGUCGUCUCGGGGGCGAUCGGGUUUAUGUUUGCCACCUCGCAGCCGCUGACCGACGUCGAGCUCCAGAGCAUCAACACCGUCAUCGCCAGCGAGUCGGAGCUCAUGUUUGACCUGUCUGUGAGGGCUCACAACCCGAAUGUUGUUGUCGUUGUGGUGGAUCAGGCCGACAUUGAGGUGUUCGCCAAGUCACCGCAUGCAGGAACGACUUCCGGAUGGCUGAAUCUCAAAGACGGCCAGAACCCAGAUGGCACCUGGGGAGGCGAUGGAUCACGCCGUCCGGACGCGGAGGAACCGGUGGAAGAUACAGCUCCGAACAUGCGCCUUGGCACCAUUGGCCGCCUCGACAGCUCGCUCUCUUUCGAGGGCUCCUUCUUCAACCAGGGUGUGUCUGCCUCUACUGGCGAGGUGAGACUCCUGAAGCCGGGCAACGGCACCAUGGGUGGUCCAGAGCGCUGGGAGCGGAUCCUUCAGGAUGAGUUCGACCUGAUCAUCAAGGGCGUUCUGAAGUACUCGCUGCCUCUGAGCCAGCGCGUCAGAAGCGUGGCCAUCUCGGGCAGGACGACGGUCAAACCCAACUCGGCGGACAACCCAAGCCUCCAGCCGAACCAGACAGAACCCAUCAAGGAGCCAAAGAAGCCAAAGGACCGAGUGGUGGACAAAGACAGCAUCAAACUGUUGUGGACGGAUGUGGAAGACGAGACUGUCUAGCUUCUUUGGCGCUCACUCAAUCUUGCCACAAUUUCCACUGACUGUGGAAAUUUCUUUUUCUCCAUGUUUCAAUCUGGGCUGACGCCUGACAAGCACCUGGCAUUUUCUUGAAAUUUUAUCGUGGAAUUCAGCGUCGCAUCAUGGCAUUGCAUCUCUCGGGAAAAGGGGGUCGGGGAAACCUUUUCUUCUUUUAUCACGUUUUCCACUUUAUUUCUGGCGAGGCGUUGGGAUGGGGAUCAACAGUACUACUACAGGCCACAUACAUACAUACUUACACAUACUAUUACUAGUCUCAAAAUGCAGAGUUUUAAAAUGGCAACACAC